CAAUCAAUUUAUUCGCUCGAACCAGCUCUGAGAUCACUGCUCGACGUCGGCGCUUCAGAGAAGAAAGGAGGAUCGGAAAAGGAACAUGGCCCAAAAUAUUGAAGUUGAUGGGAGCGGACCAGUUCCAAAAAUUGAUUUUGCCGUCAGGGAGGCAUUUCAAAAAGAGGAUUGCCUGACAUUAAUGAGUAUCUUACGACCAAAUUGGCCUCAGAAUAAUAUUCAAUUUAAGAUAUUUACAUCUGGAAUUACAAACAAAUUAAUAGGAUGUUACCUACCAGAAGACAAGAAAACGAUGGUUCUGGUUCGUAUUUACGGCCACAAGUCAGAAGUCGUGAUUGACAGAGAGAGAGAAAUCAAGACUUUCCAGAUACUGUUUGCUGCCAACUGUGGCCCUGAACUUUACGCCAUUUUGAAAAAUGGUCUUUGUUACGGUUAUAUCCCUGGUGUCACGCUAUCUGUAAAAACUGUUCGGGAUGAACAUAUUUCAAAACUUAUUGCAAGGGAGAUGGUGCGUAUGCAUUGUAUUCAGCUGUCGGGUGCUCUCCCUGAACCAAGUCUAUUCAGAGUGCUUCGCAAAUGGCUUAAUACUCUUCCAGAAAAGUUUGAAGACCCUAAGAAGAAUGAGAAAUAUAAGAAGAUGAUUCCAAGCGCUGAUCAGCUCACAGAAGAGAUAAAUUUGUUAGAAGCCACAUUGACCAAACGCGAAAAUAAUGUUGUAUUCACUCACAAUGACCUUCUACUUGAAAAUAUUCUGUACGAUGCAGAAAAAGACAAAGUUUCAUUCAUUGAUUAUGAAUAUGCUUCCCACAACUACCAGGCCUAUGAAAUUGCUGACCAUUUCUGUGAAUAUGCAGGUAUUGAUGUAGUUGAUUACGGUCUUUACCCGGACAAGGAAUUUCAGCUGAGAUGGUUGCGAGAAUAUCUGACAUGUUGGAACAAAGCAAAGACUGUGAAUGAACCAGUCACAGAUGAACAGAUAGAAUAUUUUUAUGCAACGGUCAAUAAAUUUGCAUUGGCUUCUCAUAUGUUUUGGGGAAUAUGGGGAAUCAUUCAAUCCUACAAUUCAGUGAUCGACUUUGAUUUUCUAGAGUGAGUAUCAAUGAAUUAAUACAU